AUGGCGUUACAGCCAUUCACUAANCCUUGUAAAUUACCACAUGGUACUUUCCAUUCUUCUGUGGUUAGUUCUACUGGAGAUAACGCAGAAACCAUUGCACUAGCGAUCGAUCAGAUUCGUUUGUUGAGAAAUUCGUUCUGUCACGCAUUUAAAUCCGAAUUGGACAAAACAACGUUUGAUCGAUAUGUUAAACUCGCGAAAGACGCGAUCAAGGCGCUUGGAGUCAAUACUGGCCCCAUUGAUGCUGUUGGAAGUUUGACUGAGUCUGACUUUCCCACUAAGGAAGUUCAGAAGAUAAGGGAUGACAUCAGAAAAGAGGUUCAAAAAGAAAACGAAUUUCUCAGAGAAGAAGUUAAAAAUGAGUUGCAGCUCCUAAAAAAAUCCCAAAGGAAAGGUACUGAAGAGCUGAAGAAGACGCUAAAGAGGACCACAACGGAAAGUCAAGAUAUCACCAACGCGGAAAUAGCCAAACUUCAGACAGAAGUUACUUCUUCCACCAAAGAUGUGAAGGAUGACCUAAAGCUUCUUCGGAAAUCACAGCUAGAGGGUACUGUACACUUGAAGAAGGCAAUCGAAACAGAAAAUGUUACCAGCCGAGAGAUGAUGACUGAGAAGUUUGCCGAGUUUCAGAAUAAAGGCAUAGCUCUCAGGGAAGGUGUGAAAGAUGAGCUAAGGCUUCUACAGGAAUCGCAAAGGGAAGGUAUUCAAGAACUGAAGAAAGCAAUUGAAACGGUCGAUGCAGCAAGCCAGGAGAUGAUAAAUAGAAAGUUUGCCGACUUUGACAAGGAAAGAAUUGCACGCGUGAAAAAUGUAGAAGAUGAGCUAAAGCUCUUACAAGAAUCUUACCUAGAAAGCACUUUGGACCUGAAGAAGACCUUUGGGAUGGCAAACGCUGCCGGCCAAGAAAUGAUAAAUGCAAAGUUUUCCGAGAUUCAAACUGAAAGCAGCGCACUCAGAAAAGCUUUUAAACGUGAGAUCAAGUUAUUACACGAAUCACGAGGUGACGAUACUCUGGACCUGAAAACAAUCGCUUCUAGCCAAACGUUGGUGACGCAAAGAAUUUCCGAGCUCAACCAAACGAUCAAAGACCUACUGAAGGAGGAGAGUUCAGGUUCUAAACUCUCUUUACCUCGAUCAAAUCUCCCUCCGAUGGUUCCGCAUUUCACUGGUCGCGAGGAGGAGUGUGACCAGAUUAUUGGUCACAUGACUUCUGAUUCGACACGAAUCGUAUCCGUUUGGGGCUCGCCAGGGUUUGGAAAGACGUCCACGGCAAUUGCUGUGGGGCAUCAUCUUCGUGAACGGGGUUUGCCUGUCUACUUUAUUUCAUUACGUGGGCUGAAGUCAAAAGGAGAUUUAAUGUCAAAACUACUUAGCAUCUUUCGGACUGAUAAAUCAGCGAAGCAAAGUUUAACUGUUGAAGAUGAAAUUGGUUUCAUUUUUGAACGCCUGUCGGAUCACUGUGUGUUGAUCCUUGAUAAUGCUGAUGAUUUGUUUGAAUGUGGUGCGUCAACCGUGAAAGAGGAGACUGUGAAUCUGCUGAAAGAGAUUCUCAACCGCAGUGAAAAGGUAGAUUUUCUUUUAACUAGGAGGGAGUCAAUGGCUUUUAUGAAUGUGUCUUUGCAGGGACACCAGUCUGUUAGGAUAAGAGAACUCGAAACAUCAUCGUCCAAGACUUUGGUGAGACAGCUUCUUCCGGAGGUGAACACAACUAACGUAAUGAAAAUCGUGCAGAUCUGUGGGCAGGUGCCUUUAGCCAUAAAGCUUUUGUGCUCGUCACUUUUUGAAGAUUUUGCCCAUUGUAGUUCGGAUCUUGAUGAGUUAUUGCAGUCGAAACGUAGUCUAAUUGAGCUGCUGGACAACCCAGAUUAUACCAGUGAUUUGAGGCUAAAAUCCCUAUUUGAAUCAUCUUUCCAGAGACUCUCUUCGCAGAAUCAAGAGGCACUGAUAUCCUUGUGUAUUCUACCCGAAAAUUUUGAUCUCACGAUUGCAAAAGCUGUUUUAGGACUAUCAAGUUCCUCCGAAGCCAAAAAAGUUUUGCGCGAGCUACAAAGGAGGUCCCUCAUUGACAGCUGUCCAAAUUUGCACGAGUUCUCCAUUCACAAGCUUUUACAGUCGUACGCAAAGCACAAAGGCGAGCUUGACAUGAAAGAAACAAUUCUACUCGCAAACACUCGCUUUUUAUCUUUCUUCAUAUCUUUGUUUGACAAAUUAAAUGAAAUGUUCCUUACUGGAAAAUCAAUGACAGCAUUUAUCGAGUUCUUUGAGAAUGAAAAGAGCAUUUUUCAAAGUCUAAUUAAUGGAUGUUCAGACUGCAAGACAGNUACUCCUCAGCUGCUGAGUCACACAAGCGUGCACUUGGCAUCAGAAUAA